CUGCCGUUCUCUUCUUUCAUUUCGUGUUGCAGUCUUAAGCACGCUUGGAGUUGACGGCUUCAUUGCUGAAUAUCAGGAACAUCUUUACAAAUCGGUAAAAUGAACAGCGAGUCUUUGAAACUUCGAGGAACCCUUCGUGGUCACAAUGGAUGGGUUACCCAAAUUGCCACGAAUCCUAAAUUCCCCGACAUGAUCUUGUCGGCAUCCCGAGACAAGACUUUGAUUGUCUGGAAGCUGACUCGCGAGGAGAACAACUUUGGCGUUCCCCAGAAGCGUUUGUACGGCCACUCUCACUUCGUUUCCGAUGUCGUCCUGUCAUCAGAUGGUCACUUUGCUCUUUCUGGAUCAUGGGACAAGACUCUGCGUCUGUGGGAUCUCUCCGCUGGAAAAUCCACUCGCCGAUUCGAAGACCACACCAAGGAUGUCCUCAGUGUUGCCUUCUCAGCUGACAACCGUCAGAUUGUUUCUGGAAGCCGAGACAAGACCAUCAAGCUGUGGAACACCCUUGCCCAGUGCAAGUACACCAUCCAGGAGGAAGGUCACACUGACUGGGUAUCCUGCGUGAGGUUCUCCCCCAACAACAACAACCCCGUUAUUGUAUCCUGUGGCUGGGAUCGUAUGGUCAAGGUCUGGAAUUUGGCCAAUUGCCGUCUUAAGAAGAAUCACGAUGACCACACUGGUUACCUGAACACCGUCACAGUUUCCCCUGAUGGUUCUCUGUGUGCUUCUGGUGGCAAGGACUGCAAAGCCAUGCUGUGGGAUUUGAACGACGACAAGAGGCUGUACACCCUUGACCACACCGACAUCGUCAACGCCCUGUGCUUCUCCCCCAACCGCUACUGGCUCUGUGCUGCUACCGGACCCUCCAUCAAGAUCUGGGAUCUUGAGGGCAAGACCAUGGUCGAUGAGCUCAAGAACGAAGUCAUCUCGCAGAACACACAGAACAGCAAAGCUGAUCCUCCCCAGUGCUUGUCGAUGGCUUGGUCCGCUGAUGGCCAGACCCUCUUUGCUGGAUAUUCUGAUAAUGUUAUCCGAGUCUGGCAAGUGACUGUCCGUUAAGGUUUAAGUCCAUUUUGGAAUGCCUGUCGAGUGACGAUUGAAAUAUACGAUGCUUGACACCUCAA